AUGUCGGCUUUGCGUGAAAGAUGGUGGUUGCUUCAAGCUAGACAGGCAGUGAAGUCGGUCAUCCACCGGUGUGCUGUCUGCGUGAGAUUCCGGGCACGACCAGCGUCUGCGCCAACAGCACCGCUGCCAGCUACCCGGACCGACCCGACUCACCCAUUUGAUACCACGGGUGUGGACUUUGCUGGCCCCCUAUAUGUGAAGACCACAACCAACACGGCAUCACCAAAGUGUUAUGUCGUACUUUUCACUUGUGCGACCACGAGAGCUGUACAUCUGGAGUUGGCGACGGAUUUAACAGCGAGAGCCUUCGUCAUGGCAUUCCGGCGAUUUUUGUCAAGGAGAGGGGUACCGUCUACCAUCUACAGCGACAACGCUCUGGCCUUCAAGAAAACGGCGCGAGAUAUCCGAGAGCUCUGGAAAGCCAUGUGCAGCACCGAGUUUCAAGAUUUUGUCUCGACAAAACGGAUUCACUGGCAAUUUAUAGUAGAGAGGGCAGCCUGGUGGGGGGGCAUGUGGGAACGGAUGGUUCGAACUGUCAAGAACUGUCUACGCCGAUCCCUGGGUCGCCAAAGUCUCACAUUCGAGGAGCUAGAAACGCUUCUCUCAGAAGUAGAAGCUGUCGUAAACUCAAGACCAUUAACCUUUCUACAUUCGAGUCCAGAGGAACCCAUCGCGCUCACUCCAGCGCACCUGCUAAUCGGAAAGACUUUGACGGCCUUGCCGGAACAACCUGCGGCUCCUGUGAAGCCUUCGACAGCCAGUACAGCGGUCAAAAGAUGGCGUCACCGACAACAGAUUGCGGACAGGUUUUGGAAGAGGUGGAAACACGAGUACCUCCUUGAGCUUCGGUCGGCACAUUUGUGUCGCGCUCAACGUAACCAAAGAGCAAUUGGCGAAGGUGAUGUGGUCCUACUGCAUGAAGACAAGGCGCCAAGGAGCAUGUGGAAGCUCGUGAAGGUGACCGAGCUGUAUAGGGGGCGAGACGGCAACGUACGUGCCUGUCAAGUCAGACUACCCAGUGGAACUGUCACUCGUCGCCCUGUACAGUUACUAUACCCAUUAGAACUUGACUGUAAUUGA